UUGAUGCAUCCCAGCCCGUGAGCUCCCAUUGGCCCCCGGGUUGGUGCCGGUCCACACUCCUGGUUUUGGAACCCUAGGUCGCUCCCUCUUCUUUCUUCUUCUCUGUAUGAAGUAUGAACUCUGAAGUCUGAAAAAGUGAACAUCCUAAAUUCCCAAUCGAGUGCAGCGGUGGCCGGCGAGUUCCCAAUUGUGUGCCAUCUCCAUUUCCAUAGGCUAUUAACUCCCCCAACCGAGUGUUAUCUCCGUUACCAAAGGGUAUCGAGUACCCCCAUCUUCUUCUUUGUCUCUUUUCUUAGUUUGAUGCUUGAUAGCAGUGGCAAGUCUCUGUUCCCACUUCCCAUUUGAUUGCAGCCGUAGCCGGCAAACGCAUUUUCUUGUGUCUUCUUGGUAGAAAUGGUGGGACUAUCUAUUGGAGAGAAACAUUUCAUACAGGGUGGUAUUGCUCAAGACCUUCGCACUGAUGGUCGAAAAAGAUUAGCUUGCCGACCUAUAUCUGUUGAAACUGGAGUCAUUCUUCAGGCAAAUGGUUCUGCAAGAGUUAGAAUGGGUACCACUGAUGUCAUUGCCAGUGUGAAGGCUGAACUUGGGAAACCAGAUCUGCUUCAACCUGACAAAGGCAGGGUCAUUAUAAAUGUUGAUUGUAGUCCCACAGCAGCCCCUGUAUUUGAGGGCAGAGGAGGUGAAGAAUUGUCAACUGAACUCUCAGUCGCAUUGCAGAGAUGCUUAUUGGGUAGUAAAAGUGGAACAGGGGCUGGCAUUGAUCGCUCAUCAUUAAUGGUCGUCGAUGGGAAGCUAUGUUGGGACCUUUACAUUGAUGGCCUUGUUGUCAGUUCUGAUGGUAAUUUGCUGGAUGCUUUAGGUGCUGCAAUCAAGGCUGCCUUGAGCAAUACAGGCAUCCCAAAAGUCAAUGUCGCAACAGAUGCCUCUGCCGAUGAGCAGCCAGAAGUUGACAUAAGUGAUGAAGAGUUUUUACAGUUUGACACCUCUGGCAUCCCAGUAAUUGUAACUUUAACCAAGGUUGGUAGGCACUACAUUGUAGAUGCCACUUCAGAGGAGGAGUCUCAGAUGAGCUCAGCUGUCUCUGUUUCUGUUAACAGAAAUGGACAUAUAUGUGGGCUGACCAAACGCGGGGGUGCAGGCUUAGACCCUAGUGUAAUUCUUGACAUGAUAUCUGUGGCAAAACAUGUGAGUGAGCAGCUUAUGAACAAGUUGGAUUCUGAGAUAUCAGCUGCAGAAGCCGAAUCAUGAUAUAAUUUGAAUCUUUGAUAUCAUUACAACUAGAUAGUCAAUUGAAGCAUAUAAUAUUUGGCGCUAACCGUUGCUGAAUUUGAACAUUUUUGUGGGUUACUUUGUUGGGGUCUAGAUUGCCCUGGAGAACCACUAUUUAAAAGGAAGCUCUUGGGCUUGGAUUAGGCUGGUACUGUCAAUGCGAUUUGAAUCUGUAUGGUAAGGUUGCCAUUAAUGUGUUCAAUCAUGACAGUAUUAUCUUCUCAUGAGUUUCCUUGUUUGUGGCUGUUUUAGAAGUUAAGCAGUGUAAAGUCAUGAUAUUUGCAUGUUGUAACGUUCACAUUAACAAGUUUCAGUGCAGUAGAUUUUUUGAAUCUGUCAACAUAAAUUACAUUAUAUUAGUUUAAACAUGAAUUUGAUCUGAAGUGUCUUGAUUAA